AUGGUUGCUAAAACAAGAAAGGCGACGACAACAGAGGCUAAAAGCCACUCAAAGAGUCCUAUUAAGGCUCAAGUAAAAUCGGCCAAGGUGUCAAAAUCUCCAAAAGUUACGAAGAAAACUGAAACAGCUGAUCUAGAGACAGAAGAGAAACAGAGUGAAAAACAAGAGCCAGAAGACGAGGAAGAAGAGUUUGAUGGAUUUGCUUCAUCGGAUGACGAAAUUGAUGGAUUUGAAAGUACAGAUGACGAGGAUGAAGAAACUACGAAGAGCUUGAAAUCUUCUAGACCUCAGAAAACUUCCAACGACAUCAGCGAGAAGGAGAUCAAGAACAAAAUAGAUACAGCAUUAUCUGAGAAGAAACAAAAGGCUACUAAAGAAUCUAAGGAAAAGCCUGGUGUUUUAUAUAUAGGUAGAAUUCCUCAUGGUUUCUACGAAGAACAAAUGAAGUCAUAUUUCAGCCAGUUCGGUGAUAUUACCAGAUUAAGAUUGUCUCGUAACAAGAAGACUGGUAAGCCUAAACAUUUUGCUUUUAUCGAGUUCGAAUCUAGCGAGGUUGCACGUAUUGUUAGCGAAACCAUGGAUAAUUAUUUACUGUUUGGACAUAUUCUUAAGGUUAAACUCAUCCCCCAAGAGAAUGUUCAUGACGAACUAUUUAAUGGAGCUAACAAGACUUUUAAAUCUAUCCCAUGGACUAAGAUUUCGAAGCAUAGAAAUGACCAGAAGAAGACCAAAGAGACUUGGGAAAAGUUACAGACGAAAGAAGUCAAGAGACGUGAAGAAAAGGCAAAGAAGCUUGCCGAUCUAGGUAUUGAUUUCAAGUACGAGUCAUCACCGGUUGUGCAAAAAGCAGCUACCAAGACUAAGCCCAAGGCUAAGGGCAAGAAAUCCAAGGCUUGA